AUGGAGCCGAGCAUCCAGCGCGCUCUGAACGACAAGCUCUACGACAAGCGGAAGGUUGGAGCUCUUGAUCUCGAACGGGUCAUUCGUGAUCUUGCUGCUGGAAAAGAGUUUGACAGAAUCAAGAAGAUUAUCCAACAGCUGUGCAAUGAUUUUGCUUAUGCCGUCCAUCAGCCUCACGCUCGGAAUGGCGGUCUCAUAGGCUUGGCAGCCGCAGCUAUUGCAUUAGGGCCCGACCUGGCUCGGUAUUUGGAUGAGAUUGUACCUCCUGUCCUAGCCUGUUUCACAGACCAAGAUGCCCGCGUUCGCUACUAUGCUUGUGAAAGCAUGUACAACAUCGCGAAGGUAGCCAAGGGCGAAGUGUUGCCGUACUUCAAUGACAUUUUUGAUGCACUGUGUAAACUCGGCGCGGACUCUGAACUGUCCGUUAAGAAUGGGGCCGAACUUCUGGACCGGUUGAUCAAAGACAUUGUAUCUGAAUCAGCGGCAACCUAUGUCUCAAUACUCCAAACAUCUGAAGACUCGACUGUUGAAACAGACAAAGAGACUCCAGACGAGUCUAUUGACCUCCCUACAGCCUUCUCACUUGCUCGAUUCAUUCCUCUUUUGAAAGAGAGAAUAUAUGUUAUCAAUCCAUUUACGAGGACAUUCCUUGUUGGUUGGAUCACCUUACUAGAUUCGAUCCCUGAUUUGGAACUGGUCUCAUAUCUGCCCGACUUCCUGGGCGGUCUCUUCAAAUUCCUCAGUGACCCAAACAGAGAUGUUCAUGUGGCUACGCAAGGCGCUUUGGAGCGAUUUUUGAGCGAGAUCAAACGCAUUUCCAGAAUCAAGAAGGGUAUUGCGGAAAGUCGGAAAUCUCGAAGCGACAUCAAAAGAAAGCGGUCGGGUUCGAUGGAUAGUGAGAAUUCAAUAGCUCCUGAUGCAGGUGCAGAAGACGGUUCUGGAAGUGGAGAUGAGAAGGACGUUAGUAGUGACGAUGAUUGGGUUCCUGGACAAGACGUUCAAGUGAACCACAAAGAGAUCCUAGAAAUACUAACUGCUAAUCUCGAUUCUCCAUUAGAGGAAGAUAGUCUCUUGGAAUCUCUACGAUGGAUUGUCGAUUUCUUGGACAUAUGCCCAGAAGAAGUGUUGCCAUUUGCCCCGAAGAUUUUGGCGCAUUUGCUGCCUGCCAUGGCUAGUGGUGUCGAGACCAUUCGGCUCGCUGCUGCAAGGGUCAAUACAUCGUUGAUGGAUUAUGUUGUUUCGCUUUCUGAUGAAGGUGCUGCGUCAGAGUCUACCACUGGGCCAUCUAGGAUACCCACUUCGAUAGUGAGAGACAGUGCCGGUAACGAGAGAAGAGAUUCGUCUACGAAUACUCGCGGUUCGAUAUCUAACUCCCGUGAACUAGACAGACGAGAAUCGGAAGUCCAGACACCCCCUCCAGCAUACAACAAGACCCCCUCGCCUGCUUCACCAUCACAGCCUCAAGUCGAUCUUGAUUACGCAGCGGCUGUUAAUUCACUGACUCUUCUCUUCUUGAACGACCAUGAAGCUACAAGAGUUGCUGCGCUGACAUGGCUCCUCAUGCUACAUCGUAAAGCGCCCCGAAAGGUACUUGCUUUUAACGACGGCACUUUCCCCGCGCUUCUCAAAACACUUUCAGACCCUGCAGAGGCUGUUGUAACUCGAGACCUUCAGCUGCUUUCCCAGAUAUCUAGAAAUAGCGGGGACGACUAUUUCAGCUCGUUCAUGGAGAAUCUCCUGCAACUGUUCUCUACGGACAGGAAGCUCCUCGAAACUCGUGGAAAUUUGAUAAUCCGUCAACUCUGUGUCAGCCUCAGCGCUGAAAGAAUUUACCGUACCCUCGCAGACUGUAUCGAAAAGGAAGAGGAUCUCGAAUUCGCCAGUAUCAUGGUGCAGAAUCUUAACAAUAAUCUCAUCACAGCUCCCGAGCUGGCCGAGCUUCGUAAACGACUUCGGAAUCUAGAAACCAAGGAUGGACAAACGUUCUUCGUCGCCUUGUUUAGAUCUUGGUGCUACAAUGCCGUCGCAACAUUUUCCUUGUGCCUUCUUGCCCAGGCAUAUGAGCAGGCUUACAACCUGCUCCAGAUCUUUGCGGAACUCGAGAUGACUGUCAACAUGCUCAUUCAGAUAGACAAGCUUGUUCAGCUUCUAGAGUCUCCCGUUUUCACUUAUCUCCGCCUACAAUUAUUAGAACCAGAGAAACAUCCUCACCUCUACAAGUGCCUUUAUGGCCUUCUCAUGCUCCUUCCCCAAUCAUCAGCAUUCGCAGCACUAAAGAAUCGACUGAAUAGUGUGAGUGCUAUUGGCUACUUGCACAUUGCCCCCCGAGCCGCACCAACAAAUGCUAGUUCGUCAAGCUUUGAUAGGUCAAGUCGUUUGAAGGGUAGAGAUGAGGGUGGUAUUCGAUGGAACGAGCUGUUGGAGAAGUUCAAGAGUGUUCAAGACCGUGCAAGAAGAGCAAAGAGACCAGGCGGAGACUUCGACGAUGGACUUGGCAUGAUGGCUGAUCCUCGAGCUGGAGAAGGGUUGGAUGCACGGGCAUUUAAAGAUCUGGCUCGACUACAAGGGCCGCCUCUGCCAGUGAAGGAUACGGCAGUUGCUCCAGCUGGCGCUCAGCCAGCAACAAACAAAUCAAAAUCGAGUUUAGGGAAAUUUGGACGAUUGGGAGGAGCAGUGGCAGGCACUCGACCUAAGAGAUGA